CACAGAGUGAGCGAGCGAGUGCGUGCGAGUGCGGAGAGUGAGAGAGAACGAGCUCUUUUCCCCUAUCGAUCUCGUCCGGCCAUUUGAGCUCCAUUCCCUCGGAAAAGCCUUCUGCUCGACGCCCCCGGAGCCAGCAGCACCUCGCCCUGGAAGUGCCCCUGGCCCCCCCUCGGCCGAGCUCCAGGCCGGCAUCGCACCAAAAGCCCGAUUUGCUGGCUGUUGUUUACAAACACGGGCGCGAGGGGCGGCGGGCGGCGCGCGUGUGCUGUCUGGGGCAUUGUGGGAGCGAGCUGCAUGUCCGUGCGCACGCGGCGGGGAGAGUGUGUCGUCGUGCCGUGUCGCCAUCUUCACCGGCUCGCAGAGUCCCCCACGAUGUCUGCUCCUGUCAGGGGCCCGGAUCAGCAUGCUUGGGCCCUGCUAGCCCUUCAGAAGUCCGCGCCAGCCUCGCCUCACCGCGUGCCGUGGUCCCCCGACAGGAAGGGAACGCCCAUUGCCAGACUGGAAGGCAAGGAAUUCGAAUACAUGGUGCGCCAGAGUCGGGUGGUCAUCGGGCGCAACUCCAGCAAGGGCGACGUGGACGUCAACAUGGGCCACAAUAGCUUUAUUUCGCGGCGCCACAUCGAGAUCUACUUCGAGACGCCCCACUUCUACAUGAUCUGCAACGGCAAAAACGGCGUGUUCGUGGACGGGGUGUUCCAGAGGAAGGGGGCGCCGCCCCUGCAGCUGCCCAGACAAUGCACACUACGCUUUCCCAGCACAAACAUUAAGAUUCAGUUCCAGUCGCUGGUAGAUGACUUAGACCCUCCACCUGCCAGGGUUCCGUCUCCCCCCAAACGCAAAAUGCAGCCACUUAAAAUUAACAUUCCUGACCAAGAAACCAAUUUCGGAUCGCCGUUCCCCUCUCCGACAGGCACGAUAAGUGCGGCCAACAGCUGCCCCACAUCGCCCCGCGGAGGCCAUGGAGGGCUCGGUGGACUCGGGGGCAACAAACGUGUCAAUGCCGAGAACCUGGUCCAGGCGGCCUACGCUGCCAUGGAAGACAAAGGUGACAUUGCAAAUACAGUUACAGUUUCAACAACUCACGAAGAGAAUCAGAUGAACUUGUCUGUGUCCAGCCAAAAUUACCACCACAAUGGCAUCCAGGCAUCCAUAGCGGACGACAGCUACUUCACGUCGCCCCAUCCGCCUGACCAGCCCCACAGUCCACCUGGUGCCAAGGAUGACUCCAAACCACCAUAUUCGUAUGCUCAGCUGAUUGUCCAAGCUAUUUCUUCAGCUCCAGACAAGCAGCUGACGUUAAGUGGUAUCUAUUCAUACAUCACCAAACAUUACCCUUAUUAUCGUACUGCUGACAAGGGAUGGCAGAACUCCAUCCGGCAUAACCUGUCACUAAACAGAUACUUUGUCAAAGUGCCACGGUCUCAAGAGGAGCCGGGGAAGGGCAGCUUCUGGAAGAUAGACCCCGCGUCCGAGAGUAAACUAGUAGACCAGGCAUUUAAGCGACGGCGCCAGAGAGGUGUUCCUAUUUUCAAGACACCCUUCACACACCUUUCCAAUAGCAGAUCUGCGCCAGCCUCUCCAUCACACAUUGGGAUGAGUGGGCUGGUUACGCCCGAGUCGCUGUCGCGAGAGGGCUCCCCGGUGCCAGAGUAUGUAGACUCGGCUACUGCCUCGCCUCUCAAUCCCCUUAACACGGCUGCGCAGUAUGAUGUAAACACCACUAGUGCGCCAUCCUCGCCACCCCAGCAUCAACAUCAACAAGGUACCACAUUGAUAGCCACAAGUGGGGUUAGUGUUCAGAAUUCCCAGCAGCUCAUGUCUGCCUUACAAGGCAAGUACCUGAUAGCCACAGCAGGAGGACCGAGUGGAGCAGGGUCUGGCAAGCAGGGAGAACUGAAACAGAUCCAGUUGACAAGUGGAAGCCACAGUGGUGAGGGAGCCUCCUUCGCCCAGGGCCAAGUCAUUGUUCAGACGUCGGCUGACCCAAGCUCUUUCACACACACUCAGGUUAUCCUCCCUACGCAUCUCACAAAAUAUGGUAGUGGUUACGUGACGGUGAAUGGAGAGGUAAAACGAGUGAGCACAGCAACCACUGGACACACAGUGACUGGAACGAGUAAUAUGAGAAAUAGUAGUACUAGCACAGGAACUGCAGUCAUGGUAGGAACUGUGACUGCUGCCCCUCAUACCACAGAUUAUGUAGAGGAAGUAGUGGAGGCAGAGGGUGUUGUUAUGGCUGCCCCUCAAGACGAGCCUCUUUCGAAACGCCCAAGGGUGGAUGUGGACGAGUCUCCGUACGAAGAUGAAUAGAUUGUCAUUGCUAAACCACUGAACCUAGUGGGCGGUGGUGGCCAGCAAGGAAACAAAGCAGUAACUGCUCUCAUGCCAGUUAAGUAGUGGUGGUCUCUGUGCAAGUAAAACAGGUUCAACUCAGGUGGACAGGAGCUGUAGGAUGGCUGUCUGACGCUGCGUUAGCCCGAGUUGUGUAUUUGAGAAAAGAUUUCCAACUCUCAGUUUUUAAAAGAACACAUCUGUGCUGUUUUUAGUGGCACAGAAGUUUGUUUUUCUUCAGGGAUUAAUAAUAAAAAAAAAAAGAUGUAGCCUGUUUUCUAGACAGACCAAUAAAAGGCAUCUGGUAUGGUGUAAAGACUCAAUGAUGUGCACAGUGGAUAAUAUUGUAGUGCCUGUUUUUUGCCAUAAUGUGACAACUGAUGGCAGGUAGGCCAUAUAAAAAAUAGUGGACAUCAGUUUGACAAGUUGUCUGUAAUCACAGCGAUAGAAAGGAGACUCGGCAGAACUCCAAAGCAUCUGCUGUGCCUAGGUGUAAGUGUGUCACACCGCAAGACUAAUGUCAUGUACCUGAUGGGAUUAUGGAGGUUGCAUAUGAGGCAACUUUUGCAAAUUUGUGAAGUGUCUGGAUGAGAAGUUAAUGCCCAUUAGUUACUCAGAAGUAGUUUACAGACUGUUAAGUGAUGUUUUUUGCCAAGUGCUUUUUUAAGUUCAGAAGAAAGUGACAACCAUAUUUGAUCAUGAUGACUUUGCUUGCAUGUACACAUUAUUACUUGGCUUUUCUUCAUGUAUACAAGAGAUUUCUUUUUAAUCGACUUGUUUAACAUGUAUUAAAUGUAUAAAUUGAUGAUGUGAAUGCUUUAAAAUAGAGCAUAGCCAUAUUAAAUGUCAAUAUUUAGUUAUUUUUGUGAAAGGAUUGGCCUCCCAGUCUCACUGCAGUGUAUGAUACACUGGGAUGUAUGGGAAAAUUAUUAUUUUCCCUAAUAUAGUGCAGUACAAGUUUUUAGGUGAUGUAAAGUAUUCUUUUUUGUGAAUAGUAUUAAUAUGAAAAAAUAACAAAACAAAACAAAACAGAUGAUUAUAGGGGAGUGUUCAGCAUGGGCUAUGUGGAGAAAUUAAUUGUUCAAGAAUUAAGUUGAAGAGUAGAGUUUUUUUUUACAACUUCAAGAAAUGUGUGGGAGUUGUGAAACCCUGCCAUAUAUGUACAGUAUCAGAAUGUUUAGAUCUGCUAAUAGUAGCAGAGGAUAUGUUUCCCUAUUGUAGUAUCAACUUUGUACUAAAAUGAAGAAUAGCAUAGUUUAAGUCAGAAGAACUCCCAUAUUUUUCUUUAAUGUUUGAGAGGCUACAAAUGAUGUGUAAAUGGUUAUAGUACUAUAUCUGUAUGGAGAGGGACAGUGUUAUAGUAAGAGAGCAUGUUGGAACACUUCCUUUCCUUUCAUGUACAUAAAGAGAACAAAUGUAGAACUCUAGAUUUUUUUCAGAAUUAACAUCUCAUUAAAAUGUUAGCUCCUGAAAGGGGAAAUAUUUAUUUUUUUUGAUUAUCUUCUCCUGAUGAUGCUAGAUUAAUUCCAGCCUUUCACUGCGAAGGAAUUACACAGGUGUUUUUUAUUAUCCAAAAUCAAUAGCAGGUUCUACAAAGGCCUACAAGGAAAGGUGAGUGAUUACGGUCCAAAAUCAGAGGUAAUUGUAAAUAAUCACAACCAACUAAUAAAGCUUAAUAAAAGGAGUAAACUUUGGUUUGGAAAGAAAAGGAAAAGAAUGGUUAGCUUGUUGACCUUAAAAGCUAGUUUUUUUGUUUUUAAUUUUUGUGAGUUUAAUGAGACAUGCAAACAUACAUAUUCAGGUAACUUAAAAAAGAGGAUAUUUAUUGUGUUAAGUUAAAUAGCCAAAUUAUUAUUAUUAUUAUUUUUUUUUUCUUUGUAUCAGAAA